ACAUCCAGGCGAGGUGAGAGCGGCGCAGAGCACCACACGGACCGGAGCGGGUUAGUGUGGGUACACGGAGGCGCGUCACACUCACGGACUCUGUACAUCGCAACUCCAACACAAAUGGAUAUUUACGUGGCUCUGUUAUCCCUUUUCUUUUUUACCACACCAGCUUUGGCUUUCGGUUCAGAUCAAGACUACCAGCUUGAUAUCAUCAAUGAACUUGACCUGGCAAAUGCCACCUAUGGAAUUACCCAAGUGGCGGGUCUUCACAACAGCAGCAAAGCCUUCCUUUUCCGAGAUGUUGGGAGAGCAGUUCACGCCCCGGCACACAUCACAGAAAAAGUGGUACAGCUGUUCAGGAGUAAAAGUGAGUUUACCUUCUUGGCCUCCAUCCAGCAGAAGUCCUCCACGUCAGGAGUCAUAUUCUCCAUCCACGAGUCAGAACACAGCUACUUUGAGCUGGAAAGCAGCGGGGUGAGAGAGGAGAUCCGCUAUCACUACCGCUUCAAAGGCAAGCCACGUUCUGAAUCCUUCCCCUACCGCCUCGCUGAUGGCCAGUGGCACAAGAUCGCCCUUACCAUCAGUGCCUCCCACCUGCUUCUGCACGUUGACUGUAACAGAAUUUAUGAGCGGGUGAUAGACCCUCCCCAGAUGGAACUCACCCCAGGCAGUGGAGUGUGGCUUGGCCAGCAUAGCCACAGACAUGGUCUGUUUAAGGGCAUCAUUCAGGAUGUGAAGCUGAUUUUUGCUCCCAACGGCUACAUCACACAGUGUCCAAACCUUAACCGUACCUGUCCCACCUGCAGUGAUUUCCUGAGCCUGGUGCAAGGCAUCAUGGACCUUCAGGAACUACUGGCUAAGAUGACCUUGAAGCUGAACUAUGCUGAGUCUAGGCUGACCCAGCUGGAAGGAUGUCAUUGCGAGAGGACCUGCAGUGCCAACGGUCUGGUCUACCGGGAUAAGGAGCUGUGGGUAGAACCUGAGAACUGCAGGAACUGCGCAUGCAAGAACGGUGUGGUCGAGUGUCGCAGGAUUUUCUGUCCUCUGGCAAACUGCUCAGAAGACUUGUUGCCUGUACAUGUGGAUGGGAAUUGCUGCAAGACAUGCAGACCAAAAUGCACCUACAUGGAACAGACAUUUUCUGAGGGACAGCGGUUUUUGUCCAGGAGCUGCCGGGAAUGCAAGAAUGGCCUGAUGGUGAAAGUCACAGAGACCUGUCCAGAUCUAAACUGCACCCUCAGUGAACAGAUCUUACCAGAUGGCAGAUGCUGCAAUGUUUGCAGAGGUUAUGACUUCUGCGCAGAGGGACUCAUUUGUGGGGAAAACUCAGAGUGUAAAAACAGGAAUACUAAAGCAGAGUGUGAAUGCAAGAGUGGCUAUGCCUCCAUCCACGGGGAUUCUACUUACUGUGAAGAUAUUGAUGAGUGCGCGACGCAGAUGCACUACUGCCAGUCCAACACGGUGUGCGUCAACCUGCCCGGCAGCCAUCGCUGUGACUGUCUACCAGGCUUCACCAGAGUGGACGAGUACUCUUGCACUGAGCAUGACGAGUGCGCCAGCGGCCAGGAUUUGUGUGAUGAGAACGCCAUCUGCACCAACACCAUCAGGGGACAUCUGUGUACCUGCAAGCCAGGCUACGUGGGCAAUGGCACCAUCUGCAGAGAUAUUGACGAGUGUGCAGAGGGCCUGAUUGAGUGCCACAACCACUCCCGCUGUGUCAACCUGCCUGGCUGGUACCACUGUGAAUGCAGAAGUGGUUUCCAUGACAAUGGCUCCUACCUGCUCGACGGGAGCUCCUGCAUCGACAUUGACGAGUGCAGUUUGCAGACACACACCUGCUGGAAUGACAGUGUGUGUGUGAACCUCCCAGGAGGCUAUGACUGUGUGUGCACAUCUGGUCCAGGCUGCAGUGGUGACUGCCCACAGGAAGAAGGAAUGAGGCGCAAUGGAGAAGAUUGGAAACCCAGCUUUGAUCGCUGUGCUGUAUGCUCCUGCAAGGAUGGGCAGACGUACUGCAGGCGGAGACCUUGUGACUGUGGAGACCCAGAAGAGGAUCUGUUCUGCUGUCCUGGAUGUGACAACAGGCCCAGCAGCCAGUGUCUGGAUCAGAGCGGACGCACACUUUACCGCAGCGGAGCAUCUUGGCUGUACGGCUGCCAGCAGUGCCGCUGCAUGGAAGGGGAGGUCGACUGCUGGCCUCUAGUUUGCCCCACGUUGAUGUGCGAGUACACGGCAGUGGCAGAGGGCGAAUGUUGCCCACGCUGCGUCACAGACCCCUGCCUGGCUGACAACCUGUCGUAUGACAUUCGGCAGACAUGCAAGGACCCCGCAGGCAUCGCCCGCCUCAGCGGAGACACAUGGCAUAUGCCCAAAUCACCCUGCACCACUUGCAAGUGCAAGAAUGGAAACGUUUGCUGCUCGGUGGAUCUCGACUGCCUUCAGAACAACUAAAGCCCCCCCUCCUCCUCCUCCACGUGCCGUCCUCUUCUUCUCCUUUCACUAUGGGACUGCCACAUCCCCUCAACCAUCUGACGACCCUUCCCCUCAGACAGACAGACAGACUCUCGCAUGCACAUGUGCAUGCCAGUGUGUGCACAAAAAAAGAAAAUUUGCAAACACACACUGGACAGACUGGGGUGUCGCGGCUGUGCUUUUAUGCUGUACCUCUGUCGACAAACAGCGACUGAGUGUGCGUGCGUGACUCAGGAGGAGACAGAGGCCCGAGUUGCUCUCACCACAGUCGCUGUGUUGUGUUUGUGUCUCUGUGUUCGAUUCCAUCCUUUCACAAAACGUUGAAACCUUUUUAAAUGUCUCAAACCCGAAACCAGAGACAAACAGCCAGACGGAUGCUGAGGGGCUCCGUCUGUCUACAUUUGCUCAAACACGGGCUCUUUAAUGCUUGGUCGCCUACAGGAAACUAAACAUCCAUUACUUCGGUAACCAAAAGGAAUGCAUCCACUUUACUGUGUUUUGUGUUACUGAAUCAGGAGGUAGUUCAGUGUCAUGUUACAAUGUUAUGAUGAAGUGGGGUCAGUUUUCAUUUCAGUACCAGAUUUUUGGUGGGUAGCGUUUUUUUUGUUUCUGUCACUGAUAUUGUCCAUAUUGUGCUAAAAACUUAGCAAUAGCUUUUGGAUGUCCUGAUUUGUGUGAAAUCCAAAUGAAUUUACAACAUGUUGACCUCACGUCCUGGUGUCAGCAUGAUUUCCAUCACUGAUAUUUCCCAAAUAGUUGUGGACUACAUUCUUCUUUGACAUUACAAGAGUCACAUCUUGAACACAUCGUAAUAUACGAACUUCCAUCUUUACAUUUUUUGAGUGGUUCUCUGGCAAAACAGGUAGAAGUAUAAACCAUGUCAGUGGUGCACAUUAGCUUUGCAUAGAUCGUUAAUGUUUCAUCAAAACAUCUGGCUGGCCCUGGACCCAGAAACUGAAAUCUGCAAUAUUUGAGAGUCUAGAGCAGACUGAUAAUUUGACAAUCUAGAAACCUGUCAGCUAAUCAGCUGACGUAGACUUGGGGCGUAACACCCAACGGAUAAAACUUCCUGUGCCUAUUUGCCAGACAUCAUUUAUGAAUACUUAAAAUACGUUAAAAAAAUCAAUAACUAAAUUUUCAGAUGAUAGUCAGUAAUUCUGAUUCUUAACUCAGAUGCAAGUACAACCUACUACAAGCUGAAGCCAGAAAAACUGUCCCUUGCCUACGGACUCUGAUAGGCAGGUAUCUGUUUACAGAGAUUAUGUAUUAAUUUAUUAUUCUCUGACACCAUCAGUCCCAUUUUAAAGGAUUUUCCAGAAAAAGCCAUGACAUUCAGUGUACCACCAAUAAUGUUGACUCGCUUUUGAGCGUGGCUGCUUGGAACAGGUAUUUAUUACUGCUGGUAGAUGUAGCUGGAAAACAGUCCUGCUUUCAGUCAUCAAACCCUAUAAAUGAACCAUCUAUAUUAAACCGCAUCCCUGAGGCUCUGAACUGGGACAGACAACAUGUCUGUCCUUCUGAGCCACUUCAGUUUUCUAACACUCCCUCAACCACAGCGUCUCGUCUUCAAAUGAGGAUGACUGCCAGAUGCCUACACUUAACAACGGCAGUCAGGGUAUGAAAAGCAUCUGAAAGGUGUGUGGCGAUGCACAGUGGAUUCCUGCAGGCCAGAAUGAGUGCCAGCCAUAGUCAUUGAUUAAAUCUGAGCUCGUGGAGGGUUGGACUUCUGCGGCGUCUCUCCGGGCUCCUCGGCUCUGCACCAUAUGGCACACCCAGGGUGGCAGGGACACAAAAAGUGAGCGCUGGAGAGGGAUGCGGAUAAUUAAAGCAUUGUCACGCAGCCCUGGAUUUGAUUAUGCCAGAAGGUCACCAAGUGUUGAAUAUGUUUACAGACAGCCAGGAUUAUUAAGGCAGGAGAGUCUUUACUGCUACAGUUCACACGUUCAUAGCUACGAGGAUGCUCUAGUCUCCUGUUCCCCUGCCCUGUCCCUCAGCCCUCAUCCACAUUUGUCUGCACUGUCCUUAAGCUUUUCUCAAGAAUGUUAAUGUUGACACCCCCGAGGAAAUUUUCAACACUAUUUUCUUUUCUUUUUUCUUUAAAUGAGUACUAAAAGCAAAUUAGGUUUCAAGGCCACGACUUGUGCUGCAGUUAUAUAACAUGAUUGUUAUAUAACUGCAGAAAUCUGAUGUGACAUGUUCACCCUCUGAUCAAAUAAGCAAAAAAAUUGUUAUUAGGUAAUCCUUUGUUGCGCAUCAACUUACCACUCAGUUAAUUUUUGGCAGCUGUAAUAAUAACUGGGGUUUCUUUUCAAAGUUUCGACAGUUAGGGCCUUCUCUCUCUCGAUUUCUCCUUCGUGUUUGAUGCUAAUGCACUCAGUCAGUGCAGAUAUCAGGACUCAUUUUCCUCCUUCAGAAGAAUCCAUUCGUCGUGUCAGGAUGAAAAACAGCUUUCAGGUUGAGAUAAUCCUUCACAGUGGAAAUGAAACUUUCAUUUUUUUUUUUAAAUGUGAAGACAUGGAAAUCAGUUGGUGAGCUGCAAAAAAUCUACUUGUAUUUGCCAAGUUGGAGGUGUAAAGCCUAGUCCAAAAUACAUAACUUUUACUGCAGUUGUCUUAUCAAGACAAUAAUCCAUCGUCAUGAGUAAUCCGCUUGCUGUACCAUAUUUCUGUCAUAGCGGCAAACAAGAUGGUAUCGAGGAGCAGCUUGUAAACAGAGUCUGAGACUGAGAUGAACAAAAUCCAAUGAGGCUAAAGGGUACCAAGGCAAGAAAUUGGAGAGGUACAUAGUCUAUAAUAAUGAAAUUGGCUCUUGUACCCAAAGAAAACAGCCUUGUCAUUUUCAUUUGUACAACUUUAGGAUAAGAGCAAAUGAGUGCAAGUGCUGCAAAUGCAAGAGAUCCUGGAAAAGGCUUCAUUUCAAUCCAUAGGAUCUUCUCUAGGCAAGUUAAAAAAAAAAGUAUUUUUCUGUAGAAAUCCUAGACUAUAAAGAAUACCAGAGGGAUUCAGUUUUAUUUAUAUUGCUCCAAGUCACAACAAAGCGCGUUAUACUAUAAGAUAAAGACCCUACAAUAAUGCAGAGAAACCCCAACAGUGAGGUGACCCCCAAUGAGCAAACACUUGGCAACGGUGGGAAGGAAAAAGUCCCACAACAGCAAUAAACCUCGAGAAGAACCAGGCUCAGGAAGAGGCAGCCAUCUGCCCUGACCCCCAGAAGUCUAAACCUACUGCAGCAUAACUAAGGGAUGGUUCAGGGUCUAGGUCAUUAGUUUUGUUGGUGAGUUCUUCCACCUUUGCCAUCUUGGCUUUCUUUAAACUAUCAGUGAGGAGUGGAUCUGCCUGUAAUUGAAAGAUACUAUACAAUAAGUUCAUAUGGAAUCUUUUCAGUGACAAGGUAUUGUACCAAAACCCAGCAAUUAAAACCAUGAACUCAUCAAUAAAAUGUUCACUGAGCUGAAGGCUGUUUUCAAAGAGAUUUCUGUACAACCAUCAGGCGUGUUGCCACAAGAUGACCCACCCCUUGUUUGCCAUUAAAAAAGAAUGCAGAAGCUGCAACUCAUUUGCAUAGCAAUAGGACAACUCAUGGUAAAAUUGGGACAUGUUACAAUUGUUAUAGUCUGCACUGGCUUUAAUAUAUAUAUAUAUAUAAAAAAAACCUUUUAUGUAAUUUAACUGGUAUUUAAAACAGUUUUAGGUAUGACCUCGCUUUUUGGAGUUGAGAGCAAUUAUUACAGCAUGUCCUCCUUAGCCACGACGUCCUUGUAUCACCUCUCCUUACACUCUAAACACUCUAAUACCGAAAUUGUCAACUGUGGACAAAGUACACAUACAGAAGGGGAAAAAAAUAUGAUGUAAAUGUUUUCUGUACCCAUCAAAAACAAAAAAAAUCAAAGGAAACAAAAGCAGAUAAUUGUACAAAGUUUCAGAUUGCUCUGUUGACUGAUUUGAUAUGAACUACGUCUACUAAAAACCACUGUUUGCAAACUGUGUGUAAGCGCUUUUACAUACUGACAAUGUGAUACAACUCUGCGGUUUUUUAAAAAUUCCCAUUGUGUUCAUGAAAAAUGUAUUCAUUUUAGUGGACUACGUUUCUUAUCUCGUGGGAUAGGCUCUGUUUUUGCUUGUAAAUACUGUGUAAAGGGGAAGGUCACUGUAAAGAGAGUAAGACUAUGAGGAUAAUUUUCACUACCACAGCUUCUUUGGAGCGUUGCAAGCUGAAUAUGAGAGAAGCAACAUUUCUAUUGUUUUUACUAUUUAUUUUUUUAUUCUUGCUCUAACCUGUUUAGUAUUGUAUCCGUCAUAGAUUCAUGUCUUUUCACUGUUUUAGGAUAACACAGUUUUGAUUAGCCUGUGUGUAUAUAUGCUGAUCUCUAAUCGGUGUCCCUUACUAAGAGACGGCAGAGGUGGAAAUCAGACUCGGAAAUCAGAACCUGCAGAGAUAAGCGUCUUUUCUAGGCGCCAGGACAAGCUGCUCACUGCAUUCAUGAGCUUUUUUUUUCUCCACCAUGUUUGUAUGAUCUGAAGUGAAACAUGACUUCACGGGAAUCAGACAACAUAGAACUAUGUACACAUGUAAAGAAAAUCGAAAAUCUUGAAAAUGUUCUUG